UAUAACUACUGUUAUAUUUGUGACAGUCAUUUUGAAUAAAAUAAUAUCAGUAAUAAAAUAUGGAAAUAGAAGAUGAAAUAUCCCAAAAAGAGAAAGAUUUAGCUGAACAGUUAAAGGCAGUUUGUACACCCUUCGGUGAUGAAAGGCGAUCAAAACUAAAGGAAUCAACUGAUAUUUUGUUUGAAAUGGGCAAGUUAUAUCUAGAAAAAGCAAAGUCAUCAACAGGAAUGAAACAAAAACUUGAUUUUAUAAAAUGUUCUGCUGUAUUACAUGGUGCCAGAGUUCGAUAUGAAAGAAUAUUAUACGAUAUAAAAGGAAGAAAUGAAGUUCACAAAUUCCUUUUAUCGAUGGAGAAAGUUUUGUUGCAAGCUUGUGGAGGUAAACAAUGUGACAAAGCUAUGUUAGAAUUAUCCUCUCAGAUUUCAGGAAUAUUCAAGAGCCUGAGAUACAAUGAAAAAAUUCAUUUGAACCAAAUGAAACCAUUCAAUGAAAAUCUUCAAGAAGAUGAAAUUUCUGAAAAACAGUUGAAUAAAAUUGAAACUAUUCAGCGCAUGAUGAAGGAAAACACACAAAAUUAUGUUGCGAUGAUGACAUACAUUGCUGAUUAUUGUAUGGAGAUUCUAGGUGAUUCUCCUUGUCUGUUUGCUCUUGUUGGUUUGGGAUCUUUGGCUCGUGAGGAAAUAACUUUGUAUUCUGAUUUUGAACAUGUAAUAAUUCUUGAAGACGGUAUUGAUGAUUCUCCAAAUUAUCAUGAAGUGAAGGAAUAUUUCAGAUGGUUUGCUGUGAUAUUUGAAAUUAUUAUGAUUGGUUUGGGGGAGACUAUAAUCAGAAGUGUUGGCGUGAAAAGUAUGAAUGACCUUUAUUCUGAGGAUAAGUCUAAAAAUUGGUAUUACGACAAUUUUACUACUAGUGGUGUAUCUUUUGAUGGAAUGGUUCCCCAUGCAUGUAGUACACCUUUGGGUAGACAAGAACCAACAAAAAAUCGCAAGCACAAAGUUGAACUGAUUCAACCUGUCAGUAAAAUGGCUUCCUAUUUAACAUCCGAUGAAGAUAUCAAAAAUGGUUACUAUUUGAAAGAAAUGCUCUUAAGAACUUGCUUUGUUUGGGGAAAUAAGGACUUAUAUGAUGAGUUUCAAAGUUGUAAAAUGGCAAUUCUCAAAAAAGAGUCAAAAAAAGAGGUUUCUAAAAACAUUGAAAAGCAAAUAAUGGAAAAUGUGAACUCGACAGUUUCAAGGAGGUCUGAAACAAAUCUUGCCAGCAAAAUUGAUGUGAAAAACUUGUUUUAUAGACCAAUCACUGCGCUUAUCAGUUACUCUGCUCGCUAUAUCGAAGUUAUAAAUGACAUUUUUUUGACAACAUCAUCCAGCUUUGGUAUUUCUCGUCGGAAUUUUGGUCAUCCUAUGGGGUAUGCACUUGCAGUUGCUCAUGAACUGCGCUUGAAAAUAUAUGCAAAAUCUGGAUGUCGUAGGUUCAAGGUUUACAAGGAAGAAAUAUUUGAAUAUGUCAGUAAAAAUUGUGCAACAUACUGCCUAACACAGACAUUUGUCCUUCUCAAUAAUCUUCUUGAACAUAUCAGAAAGACAGUGCUUAGUGAUAAACCUUCGUCGAUGUUUGAAAGGCCUCAUAAAUCAAUAUCUGAUGGAAAAAGUUGGGCCCAGAUGCAAUUAGCACUUUAUGAAGAUGCCCUUCCUAAACUUGAAGAAGAAGCUAGAUUAGAAAAAAAUUUAUUACAUGAACAACCUUCUACUGACAAGGAAAUUGCAAUAUACGAUCUGACGUUGAUUGAAUCCACAAUGAUGGCAGCUAGACAAACCAAAACAUCACCUUCAACUGAGUGGAUGAAGCAAACAGAAGCUUAUUUGAAAGAAAUUAUUGAAGAUGACUUAGAACAUCCAGCUAAGAUUUUGUUUGCAAUGCAAAUCUUGAACAUCUUGUACUCAUUCCAAGUUAGACACAGAGAAUACAUUGAAUUAAAUAAUCAACGAUUUGGAAGACUUCUUGGUCAUGUGGAGACCAAAUUUCUAAUGCGAAUUCGUGUCACCCAAGUUAUAUCAAUGAUGUUUUGUAUGAGUCCUCCAGAAAUUUUGUACUAUUGUAUGGAAGGGAUAGAAAAAAACAAUGACAUAUGCUCACUCUUUGGCUUUAAACUUGGAAUAGCUCUUGCGGAAAUAAAGAUGGGAAACAAAGUUGAAGGUGCCGACAAGUUGCUUUCUUUGGUAAAAGAUCUUUUUGAAUGCAAAUGUCGUGUUUUUGGGAAAUUACUUACCUUAGAAAUUAUGGCGUAUAUAUUUAAAUAUCAGAUGGUACAGAACUUAUUAGAAGAUGCAUAUCAGACUUUGGAAUUAACAAAUAUCGUUGAAGAGUCUCAAAUAGAAAUUGUGAACUUGGAAGCUGUGAAUGAAGGUAUUUUAUUAAGUGGACUGGUUGGAGUGUGUUAUGUGGAAAAAGCUAUGAAAGAACAAGACAUCAGCAAGAAAAAGGAACUUCUUUUAAAAGGCAUAAGUUUCUGCAAGUUACCUCCUACAAAUGAAAAUUGAUUAAACCGACCAAGCACUAUUAUGAAUUGGGCAUCAAGUCAUAUAUCCGUACAUGUUUGGUUUCUACGGAAUUGCAAGACGUACCAAAUAUUUGUCCUCUUUACUCUGAUGCUCCGACCUCCUUGAAAAAUGACAGUUCCUUUCGUUCAUAUUUUCUUAUGGUGAUCUCAAAUUUCCCUGUUAUUUCUUUUGCAGAAGAAAAUCUGACGCUAGUCUUCUAUUCAACAUCUAUAACAAUUGAUAAUUUACAGAGUUUGUUAUGUCACCCAUUUGUGAUUAGUGCAAUGAAAAGUUUUUUGACCCAAAUACUAAAAAUUGUACUGUUUAAGUCUGUGUUCUUGGAUCCUGCUUUGGAUGCUAUAGUAAUGCAAGCGGAACAAUUGGAUUCUGAUAUUUUAGUAGGUUUGAACAAUAUUUUCUCGCAUUAUGAAAAGAGUCAUUUUUCAGCAUCAGUUGCUACUGUGUGGAAAAGAUUAAUUAAGGGCUGCUUUUCAUCUAAAGAUCUUCAACGGAUUAUAUUUUUUGUUGGACUCAAGCUCCUAAUCUCCCUUGGACAACGUUCUUGUGAUUUUGUAAUGAAAACUAUUAAAGAAUACUCUUUGGUUGGUGACAAUAUGAUCAGUAAUUUUUACAACAAAGGUGUUCAACAAUACAUUGACAAUGACUUCCAAUCUGCUGCCCGUUAUUUUUGGAAAAUAGUCAACAAUACCAAACAUCGAUCAACUGCACAAGUACGUUCUAUUGUGAUGUUGUAUCAUUCGAUUAUUAAAAAUCCUUCCGGAUUUGAUCGUUGUGUCAUCAAAGGUUAUUUAAGUUUGACUCAAUCUCAUUUCCACAAAGGAAGACAAAACUUUUAUAUUGCUAGGAUGUGAUAACUUGGAGACGCAUUUUAUUUGAUGAUAUACAUGGGCAGAUAUGCCUUCACAAACUGUGUUAUUGGAAUUUUUGUUGGGUUUUACAUGUUUUAUUACUAUGUGUUAUGUCUGGUUUCUGUGAUAAACGAAGAUUUUCAAUUUUGCAUAAGUUCGGAUCAAAUUGCACCAAAAUCUGUGAUUUGUUCAUACAAAUAUGGUGCAGCUUAUUUUUUCGGUAUAUCGUAUUUGCUCGUUUAAUAGCCCGGGCGCUUAUUUUUUUAAACAUACUCACUAACCGGGCCCUCAUUCAAGCAGGGGCGCUUGUUAUUUUUAAAGUAAAAUUA